AAUAUUAUUUUAAAUGUUGCGCGCGCUUAAAACUGACCAAGACAAAUGCCAGUGCUGCCAGCUCUUCACUUUCUUUUGCUAAGUGCAACCAGAUCGUCAAAUUUUAAUGGCACUUUUGUUUAAUAGUAUUGCGAGGAGAAGAAUGGAGACAAGAAGACAACAAAAGAAAUACAAACGAUGCCACCUCUUCAUUUUUAUAAGCGCUACCAGAUCGUCACAUUAUAAUGACACUGUUAGGUGAAAAUAUCGAAAUAAGAAGAAGAAAGCUUUUAGAAAAAACAAUACAACAAAGGACACAUAAUUUUGCAAAUUUAUAAUAAAAUUGCACAAAAAAAAUAUUGUUGAGUCUAUAUUUGUAAUUGUUAAAUGUUCACUUAAAGUACCCACAGUACAAAAGCUCAAAGCAACGAAGCACAACAAAAGUUAAAAAGGCCCCAAAUUAAAAUUGGGUUUCUUUUUUACCGGUUUCGUGUUGAAAAUAAAGUAAACUUUAUAUGUCGCCACCUCGACACAGUGGCUUUGGAGGCGGUGGAGGUGGCGGUGGCGGCGGUGGUGGAGGUGGACGAUCGGGCUUUGGUGGAUAUGGAGGUGUACGUUCUGGUCGCAUAGAGAACCGUUCACGUCGUAGUGGCGGCAUGAACCGAGCUUCUGGUGCUGCGAAUGAUGAUUUUGGCAGCUUGCACAUGAUCAACUGGUCCGAGAUGCGAUUGCAGCCAUUUCAGAAGAACUUCUACCAGGAACAUCCGAAAACUCGUAAUCGCUCGCCAGAGGAAGUCGCUGGCUAUCGCAGCCAGCAUCAAAUCACUGUGCGUGGCAUGGCGCCCAACCCCAUUCAGUGCUUCGAUGAAACAUGCUUUCCAGACUACUGCAUGAAUGAAAUACGUCGUCAGCGGUACACAGAGCCAACACCAAUUCAGGCCCAAUCGUGGCCAAUUGUUAUGUCGGGCAAUAACCUAGUCGGCAUUGCGAAAACAGGAUCGGGCAAAACACUUGCCUUCAUACUGCCCGCCAUAGUGCACAUCAAUGGCCAGCCGCCAUUGAAGCGCGGUGACGGCCCCAUAGCGCUGGUCGUGGCGCCCACCCGCGAACUAGCCCAGCAAAUUCAAACGGUGGCCAAUGAUUUUGGGUCCAGCUCGUUUGUGCGGAAUACAUGUAUUUUCGGUGGGACACCGCGUUCCAAACAGGCAAACGACCUACAAAAUGGUGUUGAGAUUGUGAUUGCGACGCCCGGUCGCUUGCUGGAUUUCCUACAGAGCGGCACAACGAAUCUGCGGCGAUGCACAUAUCUGGUACUGGACGAGGCUGAUCGGAUGUUGGACAUGGGCUUUGAGCCGCAGAUACGAAAAAUUCUAGGACAAAUUAGACCAGACCGUCAAAUACUAAUGUGGAGCGCGACGUGGCCAAAAGAAGUGCGUCAAUUAGCCGAGGACUUUCUCGGCAACUACAUACAGAUAAAUAUCGGCUCCUUGGAGCUGUCAGCCAAUCAUAACAUACGACAAUAUGUUGAAGUCUGCGCUGAACACGAGAAAGGAGCCAAAUUGAAGGACCUGCUGUCACACAUUUACGACCAGUCCGGCAUGCCAGGGAAAAUUAUCAUAUUUGUAGCCACUAAGAAGAAGGUGGACGAGCUGGCGCGGUUUAUCAACGCUUUUGGCGUUGGCGUCGGCUCCAUACAUGGCGACAAAUCCCAAAUGGAUCGUGACAAUGUUUUGAAUGACUUUCGGAGCGGCCGCGCCAACAUUUUGGUGGCCACCGAUGUGGCGGCACGCGGCCUCGACGUGGACGGCAUUAAGUAUGUCAUUAAUUUUGAUUUUCCACAAUCAUCGGAGGACUAUAUACAUCGCAUUGGUCGCACUGGGCGAAAGCAUUCCACAGGCACAUCCUACGCAUUUUUCACACGAAAAAAUGCGAAGUGUGCACGCGCCUUGAUAGAGAUCCUGCGGGAGGCCAAUCAGAAUAUAAAUCCAGAAUUGGAGCAUAUAGCCCGCGAUUCGGGUGGCGGCAGUGGACGCAGCCGUGGAAAUCGCGGACCCACCAGAAACUACAACGGCGGCAACAAUUCAUUCAGUGGAUUCAAUGCGACGAAUGCGAAUGGUGGCAGCGGUUCAACAGGAAGAUCCAAUAAUUUCAGCAGCUUCCGUGGCAGCUAUAAUGCGUUUAGCGAAGGUGGCAAUCACUUUAGCUCCACGAGCCACGCGACAAAUGCCAACUUCAAUGUCAGCCAGGGCCAGGGCCAAGGCCAAAGAAAUUUUGGCGCUGGCUCCGGCUUUUCAUACGGCAACAGAUUUUCGAAUUCGGCGCGCCAUUGAAAAAGAAUUGUUGAGCUUAUCACUAAGUUAUUAUGAAAUUGUUUCAACUUCCACUCAUCUCAGCUCAUCUCAUGACCCAUUUCGUAUUUAUUGUCACUAAAUAUUAUGACAUGAAGAUUUCAAUCCUCAAGGCAUAUGCAAAUGAUAUAC